UAUUUGUGCGAGCUAAGAUGGCCGUGGUCCCGGAGCAACCAUACAACGGUUCGGUCCCACCUUUGGGACUGAACUCGCCGCCUGCAAGCUACGAACAGGACGACAGGGUUGCACUGUCGGGCGAGCUGAGGAACAUCCGCAGCAUGAUCCGGCUGACCAAAGAAAACCUGGAGGCACUCAGUGCCAAGUUCUCAGCCUACCAGCAUCCUCCAUCCAUGUACAUAUUGGAGUACCAGGACCUGACGGGACGCCUGAAUGAGUUCCAGAUGCGUGAGCAAACACUGCUGGACCGCAUCUGUACCAUGAAUGGCAACUGCUCGCCUGACCACGGGGGCGACACUGACACCGAGGAUGUAGCCGGCCCUGUCAGACCGUGCCCAUUGCCAGCACAACAGGCGACAGGGGAUGCCAAGGACGUGCCAAAAUCUCCCAUGAAGUCAGUAGUGCGGGCAUUUCUACCGAAUCAGCAGAGAACAACUGUUCAGGUGCGACCUGGUCAGACGGUGAUGGAGGCACUGUCCAAGGCAAUGAAACGACGGAAGCUGACAACCGAGAUGUGUGUGGUGUUCAAGUGCAGCACCAGAGCGGUUGUGGACUGGAACGAGGACGUGAGCCACUUGGAGGAUGACGACAUCCAGGUGGAGAUCAAGGAGAAGUUCCCCGUCACCACGAGCAUCUCGCACAAUUUUGUGCGCAAGACAUUCUUCUCGCUGGCAUUCUGCGAGUGCUGCCGUAAGCUGCUGUUUCACGGCUUCCGGUGCCAGACUUGUGGCUACCGCUUCCACCAGCGAUGUGCCUCCAGCGUUCCCAAGCUGUGCCAGCCGUUGCGGGUUGAAAGCGACUACUACAAGCACCUGCUGGCCAUGCCGGACAUGGUGGGAGGCCCCCAGUACGAGUCUGGCGUGUACCCACCCUUCAUGCCACCCCCAGGUGGAGGGGGAGACCCGCCCCUCUCGCCAACCAGUGCCCCCUUGAGUGUUCCACGGACGCACCCGCCCCCUCUGGGUCAGAGGGAGCGCUCCACAUCAGCGCCCAACGUCUGCUACAACCUAGUCUCCGGGUCGGACUUCUCUGCCGAGGAUUUUGCCAACCGCUACAGGUCACACAACUCUUCCGCAGAAUCCUCGCCGCAGGCCGCACGCAGCUUUUGGUGCAAUGGCUUCCCGUCCCUGUCGUACUCCCCUCCGCCCCGCGGGAGCACAUCCACCCCUUCGUCGUCAUCCCACCACCUGACCCUGCCCCACCCAUCAUCGGGGAGCGCCUCCAAGCGGCAUGCCUUUGCAUACGCCUCGCAGAGGGCGCCACCGGGGGCAUCGGGAGGUCUGGCGCCACCGCAGAGUGCGUCCAGUCCCAGCGGCAGUCCAACGCGGACACAGAGUGCUCAGGGCUCGCCGACUAGUGCUCACAAGACGUGCCGACCGCGGGCUCGAUCGGCCGACGAGAGCUCCAAAAAGGCCAUCACGCAACAGAAACCUGCACGGGAGUCCAUCGAGGACUGGGAGAUCAUGCCUGACGAAAUACUCACAGGACCACGGAUAGGCUCGGGAUCCUUUGGCACAGUCUACCGGGGACACUGGCAUGGGCACGUGGCUCUCAAAAAGCUGAAUGUGACAAACCCUACCCCUGCCCAGCUGCAAGCCUUCAAGAAUGAGGUGUCUGUCUUACGGAAAACGCGGCACGUGAGCAUCAUCUUGUUCAUGGGCUGUGUGUCCAAGCCACAGCUGACCAUUGUGACGCAGUGGUGCGAGGGCUCCAGCCUGUACAAGCACCUGCACGUGCUCGAGUCAAAAUUCGAGAUGCUGCAGGUCAUCGAUAUUGCCCGACAGACGGCACAGGGCAUGGAUUACCUCCAUGCCAAGAACAUCAUUCAUAGAGACCUUAAAUCAAACAACAUAUUCUUGCAUGACGACCUGACUGUGAAGAUUGGCGAUUUUGGCCUAGCCACGGUAAAAGCGCGGUGGAGCGGCUCCCAGCCAUUCAGCCAACCGACUGGGUCCAUCCUGUGGAUGGCUCCAGAAGUGAUCCGUAUGAAGGACCCGAACCCAUACUCGUUCCAGUCCGAUGUGUAUGCCUUUGGCAUUGUCUUGUAUGAGCUCAUCACUGGCCAGCUGCCUUACUCCCACAUCAACAACAAGGAUCAGAUCCUGUUCAUGGUGGGACAUGGCCUUUUGCGUCCAGACCUGAGCAUAGCUCGCAAGGACACACCCAAGGCCCUAAUCCGUUUCACUGAGGACUGCAUCAAGUUCAACCGGGACGAGCGGCCCCUCUUCCGACAGAUGCUGGCCUCACUGGAGUCACUGAUGCGGUCGCUGCCCAAGAUCCACCAGAGCACCUCGGAGCCAACGCUGAACCGAACACACCUGCAGUCUGAGGACUUCCUCUAUGUGUGCGCCUCGCCCAAGACACCCAGCCAGUUUGGCGCAUUCCCUUUCUUCUCCACAACUGGCAACUUUUGAGUCCUCCAUUCAGAGAAUGUUGUUCCCUCACGCUCAAUGGGCCUGUCAACGUGAAUGCAAGCACUUUGUUGGAUGGGCUUUUGAAGUCGUAUGUCAUGUAAAACCUGCACCAAGCAGACAACUUGGUACCACACAUAAGCAUGCAAUGCACGUGGCUUGCUUUUAAAGUCGGCUGGUUAGUGGGUGAUGACAUCGAAACGAGAAGGCCACCAACUGUCACAAGUUUGCCAAUUGCAGCUGUGAAGAACGUUGGACAGAAGCGCGGCAAGCGACCACAUGAACGGUGCUGGGACGUGCAUCUCAAGUUGGUGUGUGCGCGCCCCUCCCUCUCUGGCUCUCUCCAUGAAGCUCGCAUCUUGCCUCUUCCGUGGAAGUGCAGAGAGGAUGUUGUUACGACCAGGACAAGCCCAGGGUCGUGUGUGCAGUGGAGCACCAUUCCUAGCUCUGUGAUCUGUGUACAGCGAGUGUUGUAACAUAAAAGAGUGCAAAGGGAAGGGGUUAAAAAUGACAGUGGCAACAAAAAAUGGACCUCUGGAGUAAAGAAGGGAUGAACACGGACCACUACUUUUAAUGAGAAGUUUUGUUGCUUGCGCGUUGUAUAUUUUCAUUUUUGUUUCCUCAUCCUGUGUUGUGUUCUCUGGAGAAGUGUCUUGGCAAGGUUCCUUGCAGCUAUGGACAUGCUGUACAGAGAGUGGCUUUGCAGUUGACGCAAUUACUUCACCUAGGAUCCUGCCUGCCAGGAGUUAUUAUGCGGAAGUUUGGCAUGACUGUGUGGCUUAUAGCAUGAAGAAAACUUCUGUGAUGCUGGGAUGCCGGUUCUGCAUAUGGAACUGCUCCUGAAGAACUCUGUGGGAGAGAGCUGUAAUAAAGAAAAAAAAAACAAAUCAGAA